AUGGCUGUUUCAAGCUUAGACUAUCAUCAAUUUACCUCACUUGACAAGACAUGCCGUCAACAGUUCACUCAAGAACUACUCAGCAGCUUUGAGGUAACCGGAUUUGCCAAACUGCAGAAUCACCCAUUCAGUGAGCAGGAAGUGGAGGAUUUGUUGUUAUGGAGCCAUAAGUUCUUUGACCGGCCCAUUGAAUUGAAGGGAGAAAUUUCGAGCAAACCAGGUCCUCAGCCUAUGCGUGGCUACACUCCUUUGAGGGUCGAAGAAGUUAGCAAGCUUUAUUCUGAUACCAAAAUCAGAAGCAUGACUGACUCUAAGGAGUACUUUGAUCAAGGUCCUGAGCAUGACACCGAUUUUCCAAAUCAGUGGCCUGAAGACCCGGAACUAUCGGGCUUUAAGCCGUUCAUGGAGAAUUUUUACCGUAAAUGCGAUGAAGUCUGUCUCCAGCUCAUAGGAGCCUUGGAAAUUGCAUGGGGCAUUGAGGAUGCGUCAUUGAUCGCUCGUUGUAUACCUAGUGCUGCUGAGCUUCGAUUAACGCACUAUCGUGAAACCACUGUCAAGGAGAUGCAAAUGGGUCAUACCAGCCGCAUCGCGCCACAUAUUGACUUUGCUAUUUCAGAUAUGAUCGUCAAUGUUGGCGACACACUGACCCGUUGGACAAACGGAAGAAUCGCCGGCGGUAUCUACCAAGUCACCAUCCCAGAGGCGACCAAGCAUGAUGAUAAUGUGAUAACAUCUCGGAUGUCCAUGGCCUAUCCGUUUAAGGCUAGUCGCGACAUACCUGUCGCCCCUUUGCCCAAAUUUGUCACGCAGACAAAGCCUGCAGUCUACCCGGACACCAGCGCUCUUGAGUUCCAAAGAUGGCGCAACAGCGUCAUAUACAAUCUUGACAAGAAGCAAUAUCCAAGUCAACCCAAUAAUCACAAGGCCAUCAUGGAGGUCGAGGCCUAA